GAAAUAUUUUUCUUUCAAUUUCGCGCUCAGACUUUGGCCUUACUCAAAACGUUGGUGGGAAUAGACACUAAUUGUUCGGAUUGUUUACGAAUUUAAAGAGCGUUCCAUCUGAAAGAAAGUUUUUUUUUCUUCAGAGUAAAGGAUAUUGAAGGACCAGAUAGCCUGUUUCCAGGCUGAACGGAUGCUUGACCUUGGAGCCACUUCCUUUCUGUCAGCACCUGUUAUAAAUAAACAUGCAAGUUGCUAGUCAUCUUCGGUCUAUUUGCACACUAUCGUUUACCAAGAUUGCAAACUCCCUGACAUGUCCACUACAGAAUAUUCGUUUUUACGCUGUUCCUGGAGUCAAAACUGCUUACAUUCGUGAUAAGCCUCAUAUGAACAUUGGUACAAUAGGACACGUUGAUCACGGAAAGACUACCCUCACUGCAGCUAUCACAAAAAUACUUUCUGGAAAAAACAACUCUGUCUAUCGGAGCUAUGAAGAGAUUGAUGCUGCUCCAGAAGAACGAAAACGUGGCAUAACCAUUAAUGCAGCAGUGGUUGAUUACUCAACAUCUAACCGGCAUUACGCACACACAGAUUGUCCUGGUCAUGCUGACUAUAUAAAAAAUAUGAUAACUGGUGCUAAUCAGAUGGAAUGCGCUAUUCUCGUCGUAGCAGCAACUGAUGGCACUAUGCCACAGACUAGAGAGCAUUUAUUAUUGGCUAAGCAGAUAGGAAUAGAAAGAUUAGUCGUUUUUAUCAAUAAAGCUGAUGUGGCAGACCCCGAGAUGCUAGAACUGGUUGAACUUGAAGUCAGAGAUACAUUAAAACAUUAUGGGUUUGAUGGAGAUAAUACGCCAAUUGUCAGUGGUUCCGCCCUUUGCGCACUGGAAAAUCGCGACCCUAAAAUGGGUAUUGAAAAAAUUGAAGAAUUGCUUGAUGCGAUUGACUCAGUUCCUAUGCCGAAACGCGAAAAAGAUAAACCUUUCCUACUUCCUAUCGAACAUGUGUUUACCAUUACUGGUCGAGGUACUGUUGUUACAGGUCGGAUAGAACGUGGAAUUCUUAAGCUUCAGUCACCAAUUGAAAUAAUUGGAUAUAGUCAGAUUCUAAAAUCCACUGUCACAGGAAUUGAAAUGUUUCACCAACUUUUAGAUCAAGCAGAACCAGGUGACCAAGUUGGCAUCUUAAUGAGAGGAGUGAAACGAGAUGAAGUAAGACGUGGUCAGUUUGUUGUAGAACCAAAGUCUAUGUCAAUACAUGACUAUGUUCAGUGUCAGGUGUAUAUGCUUUCAAAGAAAGAAGGUGGUCGUGCUAAACCAUUUACGGGCAAUCACCAAUUCCAUGUUUUCAGUAAGUCAUGGGAUUGUCCUGCUGUUCUAGUACUCCCUGAAGGGAAGGAAAUGGUUAUGCCAGGGGAAGAUGCAGCUGUGAACCUACACUUCCAUAGGAAAAUGGCUCUUGAAGUCGGACAGCGUUUUACUAUUCGUGCUAGUUCCGCUACUAUUGGUUAUGGUGUUGUUGGUAAAAUCCUCCCUGGUCCAGGUCCAUUCGCCUGGUCUAAAUAAUGUCCAAUUAUAUUUGUAAUUAUUUUCAACUUUUGUGCUUCAUCUAUUACUGAAUAAAUCCUUAUUUUCUUCUCUGAGCUGUAUGAUUCAAUCAUGAAGUUUUCAUCAUUCUUCUAAACGAUAUCAUCAGCACAAACUUCAAGUAGAAGUAUCGUGUCAUUCAGAAGAACAAUAAAAGCUCCACAACCGGAUCAUCCAACUCAUAGAACAAAACUCCUAAUCAAACUCAUCUACCCAAACCACUAAUCUUCUCCAUCAUCUCAUAAUAUUUUAUACUUUUUAGAUUAUCAUAGAAAUGUAUAUUUAUUAUUAUAAUAAUUUUUACACUAACACAAUAAAAAUGAAACGAUUCAAACGAAUUUCUGUUACUAUUAUUGUUACUAUUACUAUUAUUAUUAUUUUUGCCACAAAUGUUGACAGGUGAUAUGUGUAAAUGAUUUCAUAAUUAUUACUUAAGUUAUUUAAUACUAUUCAACCUAGAAAAAUAACUACAUACAUACAAAAAAAAAGAAGUUAUAUAACAUAUUAACAUGAUCAGUGAUACUAGUAAUAGUAAUAGUGAUAAUAGUAGUAGCAGCAGUAACAAUCAUUAAAAAAAAAUUUAGGUACUAUUAAAAGCAAUAAGAGCUAACAAUUAUGAUAAACAAAUAUUGAAGUAUAUUUUUCAAGCCAAGAAUAGUAAUUAAUGAAUUAUUUUGGUGAAUUUCAUUUUCAGAUAUCAUAUAUAUAUAGGUGUAUGUAUAUACUUAAUUAUUGAAGUAAUUAAUUAGAUUUUCACAUACAUUCAAAUUUCAUGAAGUUAUUUUUAACUUAAAAUAUUGUUACAUUAAUUAUUGGUUACUUAAAAAAGAGAGAUUUUUAUCUUUAGAAAAGAAUCAAGUAAAAAAAAGAAAGGUGUUGGAGAUUAAGAUCAAAUUCGAGAUCAUAUUCGAAUUCAAUAGGAUGAUUAAUGAAAGUAUCAGUUG